CACACCCGGGGAGGAGGAGGAUGUGCGGAGGGCUGGGGCUGGAGCAGCAGUGAGACAGCAUCUUUACCGUGACACAGCGGAUCUACGCGAGUGGCAAACAUGUCGGACAAAAGUGACCUGAAGGCGGAGCUGGAGAGGAAGAAGCAGCGUUUGGCUCAAAUCCGCGAGGAGAAGAAGAGGAAGGAGGAGGAGAGGAAGAAGAAGGAGGGGAGGAAGACUGAGAGCCAGCAGAAGCCUGAGACCACAGCUGAGGACUCAGAUCUGGACAGGAAGAGGAGAGAGACGGAGGCAUUGCUGCAAAGUAUUGGCAUCUCCCCCGAGCCUUCUCUAGUGCCCACCCCCAUGUCUCCAUCCAAGUCACUGAGCACGCCCAGUGAGACAGGAAGUCAGGACUCUGCAGAGGGAGGGGCCGCGGGAAGGACACUGCAGUGGGACACAGACCCCUCAGUCCUCCAGCUCCAUGCCGACUCUGAGCUCGGGCGUAAGCUGCAGAGGCUGGGGCCAUCCAGGAUCACUCAGGUGGACUUUCAGCCCAAAGAGCUAGUUUCCUACAGCAAGGAGACACAGACGCCCCUCAGCACACUGCCCCAUGAAGUGGAGGAGGAAGAGGAGGAUGAGGAGAUGAUGGAGGUGAAGCCUGGCCUGGUGGAGAUGGAGACACAGGAUGAAGAUGAAGCAAAGGAGGCCAAAGACGGCCCGAUGUCUCUACUGAGGGAGCUCACAGAGGAGGAGAGGCAGCAGAUUCUCCACUCCGCAGACUUCCAGAGCUUUUUCGACUGCUCCAUCAGGGUCAUGGAGAGGGCCCUGGCAGAGGACAGCCACAUCUACUUUGACUACAGCGGCCGUGACCACCACAAGGAUGGAGACGUGUCGGGGGGCUCCAGUCUGUCCUUCUCUCGGGUCUUCUAUGAUGAGCACUGGUCCAAACACAGAGUCAUCACAUGUCUGGACUGGUCUCCUCAGUACCCAGAGCUGCUGGUGGCCUCCUACAACAACAACGAGGAUGCUCCACAUGAGCCGGAUGGAGUGGCUCUGGUCUGGAACAUCAAGUUCAAGAAGGCCACUCCAGAGUACAUCUUCCACUGCCAGUCUCCAGUGGUGUCGGUGGGCUUUGCCAGGUUCCAUCCUAAUCUGGUGGUGGGGGGCACAUACUCGGGGCAGAUUGUCUUGUGGGACAACCGCAGCCACCGCCGCACCCCAGUGCAGAGGACCCCACUGUCUGCGGCUGCACACACGCACCCGGUGUACUGUGUGAAUGUGGUGGGCACUCAGAACGCCAACAACCUGAUCUCUGUGUCCACUGACGGGAGGAUGUGCAGCUGGAGCCUGGACAUGCUCUCCCAGCCACAGGAGACCAUGGAGCUGGUGUAUAAUAAGUCCAAGCCUGUGGCAGUGACGUGCAUGGCCUUUCCCACUGGAGACGUCAACAACUACGUGGUGGGCAGUGAGGAGGGGACUGUGUACACCGCCUCCAGGCACGGCAGUAAGGCUGGGAUCUGUGAGAUGUUUGAGGGCCACCAGGGGCCGGUAACGGGCAUUAGUUGCCAUGGCGCUGUGGGCCCCGUGGACUUCUCCCACCUCUUCAUCACCUCCUCCUUUGACUGGACUGUCAAGCUCUGGAGCACCAAGCACAACCGCCCGCUGUACUCGUUUGAGGAUAACGCGGACUAUGUGUAUGAUGCCAUGUGGUCACCGGUGCACCCCGCCCUCUUCGCUGCUGUGGAUGGGAUGGGCCGUCUGGACCUGUGGAACCUCAACAACGACACAGAGGUGCCCACAGCCAGUGUGACGGUGGAGGGAGCGUCAGCCCUGAACCGCGUGCGCUGGUCAUCCGGAGGGAAGGAAGUGGCUGUGGGGGACUCGGAGGGCAGAGUCUGGGUCUACGACACUGGAGAGUUGUCUGUGGCUCACACUGACGACUGGGCGCGCUUCGCCCGCACCCUGGUGGAGAUCAGGGCCAGCCACGGGGAUGGGGAGGAGGAAGGACCUAUGGAGCUGUCCUCAUAA